AUGUUAAAGUUAGUAAUCUUAUCCAUAGUGUGUAGCCUCGGUUUCAUAAAAUCCGCAAAAAUUCUUGCGGUGUUUCCUACUCCAUCGUACAGCCACCAAAUAGUGUUCCGUCCUUUGAUACAAGAAUUAGUUCGGCAAGGUCAUCAAGUUACUUUUAUAACAACAGAUCCUAUAUAUUCAAAAGGAUCUGCGCCAAACAAUUUGACAGAAAUAGAUAUCCAUGAUCAAUCUUACCAACUGUGGCGUAAAAACUUCGUUACUGCAGCUAGUGUUAGUUAUAAUGGUAUGGCACAUCGACUAAGUGUGGCUUUUGAAAUGUUAUCUCAAGUUUUUGAACUAUUGGUAAACACAAAAGAAGUCGCGGAAAUAAUUCAAAAGAAAAAAGGAAAUUUUGAUUUAUUGCUAUUAGAAGCAUGCGCAAGACAAACAUUGGCAUUUUCACAUAUAUUUAAAGUUCCUGUUAUUCAAAUAAGUUCUCUACCUGGUAUGUCAUUUAAUUAUCAAAUGGUUGGAUCUUCAACACACCCUUUUUUAUAUCCAUCAUUUCUACAAGAGAAAUUGUAUAACCUCACAAAAUGGGAAAAAUUGCAACAGUUCUUUUACAAUUAUGUAGUGUCAGAAAAAGUACUGAUAGAGAGUGAAACAAAAGAAAACUUAUUACUGGAAAAAUUAUUUGGCUCUGAUAUACCCCCUCUAUAUGAAUUAGCUAAUAAUGUGGAUUUAUUGUUCUUGAAUGUUCACCCAGUAUGGAUAGACAAUCAGCCUGUUCCACCAAAUGUUGUGUUUAUUGGAGGUAUUCACAAACAGCCACCAGAAAAAAUACCAACAGAUUUAAAGCAUUAUUUAGAUUCAUCCAGCGAGGGUGUCAUUUAUAUGAGUUUUGGGACUAAUGUUUUGCCGUCAGCACUACCACCAGAAAGAAUUAAAAUAAUUACCAACGUCUUCUCUGAUCUUCCUUAUAAAAUUUUGUGGAGAUGGGAUAAUGACAAAGCUCCUAAACAUUCUAAAAAUGUUCUAAUUUCAAAAUGGUUUCCACAAUCAGACUUACUUGGUCAUCCCAAUAUUAAAUUAUUUAUCACGCAAGGAGGACUUCAGUCUACUGACGAGGCUCUCACAGCCGGAGUGCCCCUCGUUGUAAUACCAAUGUUAGGAGACCAGUGGUAUAACGCAGAGCAAUAUCAAUAUCAUGGUAUAGGAAGAAAAUUGCUCAUCGAGGAUCUCAAUGAAAAAUCUUUUAAAGAAACCAUAAUGACUGUCAUAAACAACUCGAGUUAUCGUGAAAACGUUAUUAGACUGCGUAAGAUUAUGCGUGAUGAAACACAGACUCCUCUUGAGAAGGCUGUGUGGUGGACGGAAUACGUGAUACGACAUAAAGGUGCUGCUCACCUCAGAGCUCGCGGCGCCCAUAUGAAUAUGAAUUAUGAAGAUGAAGCUUCUAAACAUAGAAUGCGGAAAUUUAAUCAAGACCUUAAACCUAUAACGUUAUCAAAGAAGAAUCAUAAAUAUCAUAUAGAGUCAUCAAAAAAUUUCAACUGCGAUGAAUUUUCAAGCUAUGCAAUCAAUUGCACAAUUGAUGCUGCUUUCAUUUACAACUCCACUCGAAUGUCACCGCCUUCGCCAACGAAAAUUAAUGACUGGUGCCGUGCUAUCAAACAUUUGACAAAUUGUGCUAUUGACUGGAACACAGAUUGUAAGGAUGUAACAGAUAGUCAUUUUAACGAAGAGAGCAUUAAAGGGCACAUUCAUGUCGUAAAUAAUAUUUGCGAUGAUGAAUGGUUUCUUAUACGUUACGAAGAACUGGAAGUUUGUAUAGAAGCCGCUUCACAGCCUUGGGAGUUCUGCUACUUAACCUUUAAGAAUUCUGUGGAGGAACAAAAAAAUAUUACCCAGGAAUGGACGCAUUAUGAAAUACACUUUAGACUUUGUUGCGCAAGAGCUCGAUUUCGAAGAUGCACCCUUGAAACAUUAUUUACGCUGCCACCAGAAUGUUCUCACAGCCAUGCGGUUACUUUACAAAAGUUCUCUGUCGUUGUGUCCGAAGGAAGCGUUUAUCAGGACUGCGAUCAUAACAUGAUGUAUGAGAACUGUCCCGGUGGCGAUCCACGGCCAAGCAGUGCGAUGCUUAGGCGUCUGAUGAGUGCCGAAAUACUGAGUUCAGCAUCCGUUCGACAAUAUGGGUCGAGUAUAACUGCCUUAUUUGCUUUUAAGUAA